ACGCACAUUUUUUUGUAGGAACAGAACAGAACAUUUACAACAAUAGGGGAGACAUGCAGCGUUCAUUGAAAAGAAAACAGGAGGAUCAGGCGGGGGAUGAUCAGCCUGAGCAGCCGCCGAAAAUAGAAUCAGUGCCAGCACCAGACAGUGGCAUUGGCGAUAUUAAAGAGUUCACAAAGCAAGCCUUUAAGAAUGUGGUGGCCGCCACACGUGCCUGCAACUCCUUUCCCCAGGGAACCGCCCGCUCCCUAUAUCUCGGCUAUCCGGGGUAUUCGCGUGUCAUAGACGAUCUGUCCCAGCGGCUAAUGGGUCUCAUAGGAAACGUGAUGCAGGCCGAAGAGAUCAAGGGCGACAUUAAAAAACGCCACACGGAGGAACAGUUCGAAAUGGUCCAGGAGUGCAACGAUAUAAUCUUCGAGCGUAUUACGACGAAUCUGGACAUCAAAGCUGGUCAGCGGAGGAAACCACACAUGGUGCUGGAGACGCAGGUGGAUGUUAUGAGCCCCUCCACGCCAGCGGCGACGGCACCAGCAGAGUUCGCCAAGUCGGAAACCCCAAAGGCGGGAAGCUGGAACAGGUGGCCGCCCACGCCGCAGCGUAACGUGCUCUCCGCUCGCCUGUUCGCAGCCAAGAACAUAAUGCGGCCCCAGAUGAAUUUCAAGACGCCAGUGGACAACAGUGAUCAAAAUCCGUUUGUGCCACGCCUCAAGGAGAAGCCAAACUCCUUGAAGCCACUAGCACUGCUGCCAGAGUACGACGAGGCGGGAAAUGUGCAUGCCUAUCUGCAUCCGUACGAGUUUGAGCUGAUGAAGCUGGAGCCGUCGGCGGAGCAGCUCCAGAGGCAAACGCCUCUGCUGCCUGCUCCGCCCGCGGCUACCGAGCUGAUGCUCGUCGACAGUGUGGAAAAGUUGAACCAGGCCCUCGAAGAGCUGCGACGGGCGCCCCACAUAGCCAUCGAUGUGGAGCACCACUCGUAUCGCACAUUCAUGGGCAUCACCUGCUUGGUGCAGAUGUCCACCCGCACCAAGGACUACAUAUUCGACAGUCUCGCGCUGCGCGAGGAGAUGCACGUCCUGAACCUGGUACUAACGGAUCCAAAGAAGGUGAAGAUCCUCCACGGCGCUGACCAGGACAUCGAGUGGCUGCAGCGCGAUCUUUCGCUGUACGUCGUCAACAUGUUCGACACCCAUCGGGCGGCUAAGGCCCUAAAUAUGGCUCGCCUGUCGCUGGCCUUUCUCCUCAAACACUACGUGGACCUGGACGUGGACAAGAGCCUCCAGCUGGCCGACUGGCGCAUGCGGCCGCUGCCCCAGCAGCUUAUCGACUACGCUCGCCAGGACACGCAUUAUUUGAUUUACGUGUACGAGCGUAUGACCAACGACAUACUGCAGGCCGAGCAAGGACAGUCGCAGGCCCUGCGAACCGUCUACCAACUGAGCAUGGAGGUGUGCAAGAAGCGCUAUACGAAACCCCACAUCGGACCCGAAUCGCAUCUCGAUCUGGUGCGAAAAACGAAGCGGUCCUUCGACAAUCGACAGUUGCACGCCUUGCGUGGCCUUUUCCAGUGGCGGGAUGCGACUGCGCGCCAAGAGGACGAAAGCUACGGCUAUGUGCUGCCCAAUCACAUGAUGCUCCAGAUUGCCGAGAGCCUGCCCCGGGAGAUGCAGGGGAUUCUCGCCUGCUGCAAUCCCAUACCGCCGCUGGUACGCCAGCAGCUGCACGCGCUCCACCAGAUCGUGCUGAAGGCGCGCGAACAGCCGCUGGUUAAACCCAUUCUGGAAGCCCGCAGCCAACCGCAGGUCCUGCCACCCACCAGCAAGGACUACGGCAGCAAACUCUACUGUCCGCACGACUUCACGCACUUGGAGGAGACGCGCGAUGACCUGCCCACGCUGCUCAGCCGCAACGCGGCGGGAAAGCUGCAACUGCCAGCGGUGGAGGAGCAACCCAGAGACGAUGUCCCCCUGGCGGUGCCGGCCAUGACUCUGUUCGCGAAGCCAACCGCUUCCACUCCGGACGAAGAGAUGCGUCUGGUGCACUUGCGCAAGGAGAGCCAGGUGCUGCGCAUGCCCUAUAAACGCUACCUGGCAAUCCUUCCGCUCAUGGAGCAGGUGAAGGCCGACCAGCAGGCACGGGACAGCAAAGAACUGCUCAAGCGUCGUCUCUGCCCGCCAGUGACCCCGACAGAGGACAUCAAAUUGGAGUCCUCACCAGGUAAGGUCGAGGCGGCAGAUGAUGCCGUCUACAGCCUGCCGCUAAAGGAACAGCUGAAGCGUAAGCACAAACCCGACUCUGACCAGCAUCCCAGCACCAGCAAGCGAUUGAAGGCGGAGAACAUCAAACCCAAGCCGGAGACUGUUCCAGUGCGAGGAGCAGUGAAGAACGAGUCAAUAACCUGCAUCAGUGACGAGGACGACGAUGUCGUAGAAGUUCCUAUACAGAAAAAGCCCAUAGCACAGGCAGCGGAAGCACCGAGCAAGCGGCAGCAGAAGCGUCAACAGUUCCAGCGCUUCAGGGGGGGCAAGGCUCGCGGCAAUCAUCCCCAGAGCUCCAGUCAACCGGUGGUCCAGCAGCCCAAGCCACAGGGCAACAACUUUGACUACAAGAACGUGGACUUCCGGCAGUUCCAGGGCGGAGCACAACGAGCCCGUGGCACAGAGAUCAAGCAGACAAUACGCGGAAAGAAUCGUCCCAAAAAUCGGAAUAACAAGCAGUUUAACAAGCUUUUUACAUUUAGUAAUGUAAAGAAAGAUGGCAAGAAAUAGACUGUGCUAAAAACACCAUAAAAUACAUGUAUCAAACAUCAGACGGCAUUCAAAGCCGGAGAAUCACAAAAUGAAUUAAAUUAGACAAAAGAUUUAUUUGAUGUAUAUUUUUCCAUUUAGUUCCAAAAAGAAACUGUUCGUUUUUAAAUA